AUGAAGCGAUUGUUGCCAGAGUCAGAGGAAGAAAUCAUGGUCACCUUGGGACCCUCCUCCAGGCUUUCCCCAGAUAAGGCUAAGGCAGAGACUGUGUGUGGCAUCAAGAGCAAGUCCUCAGGUCCUGCUGGAUCGUUACUAGAAGACAACUCCCUGCCUCCUUGCCGUGGGUCAGCAGCCUCAGCCAUGGGUGGAGACAGAGAUGGGAACCUGGCCCAGCCAUGCACCUUUGGGCAGCAGGCCAACAGCCAGCAUCCUCUGGGCUCCACUUCCUAUAUUUCAGGGUCUGGUUCUCAGGACCUCUCAUCUGUCAGCAUUACCAAAAUCUGUCGAGAGUCCUCAGAGAGGAACCAAGCCAAGCCCCUUUUGUCCAGAGGCCCCAGACAAGGCUGUAGCUGUGAACAGCAAGAGCCUUUGGGGGAUGUGGUAGAAUAUAUCAUCAGAGAACUGCAAGGCAUCAGCUGUCUUCAGACUGAGAUUGCUGAGCUGCGGCAGCACUUGAGCCAAGUCCGGGGCUCAGUGGAUGAAGUCUCUAGCUGUGUAGACUCAGUACUGAGUGAAAUAGAAGGCUUGCAGGUGGGAAGCAGCUCCCUGGCCAAGGUGUGUGUGGGGGGAAAGGCCCAGGAACCCCAUGUGGACAGACCCAUUGAAGAAGCUAUUCUGUAUCUGUAUGGACUUCCUGAGCAAGAUGGGGAAAAUACUGUGGAACUGGUGGACAGCUUCCUAGCCAAGCACCUCUGUGUUAACGGCAUGCAGAGUAACAGGUACAUCAAGGAGGCUUACAGGGCAGGCAAAACCCCUGCCCCCAGGCCUACUGUUGUGAAGCUUGCCCAUCUAGAGCACAGAGACUUCAUCUUGCAGAAAUCCAUUCUCUUGCAGAGUGUGGGGGUCCAGAUUGCCACCAGAGAAGAACCAAGCUGGCCACAGGGGUAUAAGAAUCCCCAAAAGGAGUCUAUAUCAUUUGUGCAACAACAACUUCAGGAUCAUAGUUCGAAUUCUUUAAACCAGGAUGAACCAGUUCUUCAAAUGGAAACAAGGGAUGGAGGACCCAUAAAAGAACAGUAUCAGAUGAGGGCUCAGAAUCAACAUAGAGACCACCAGGACCUUGAACAGCAAAGCCUUAGCUUCCUACUCAAUUUAGCAAAGCAAAGUGAUGUGUCUAAGUUACAGGAUGAAAUAAAAGGAACAUCAGGAACAUCCCAAUUUAUCACUGGCAGCUGUGGUGAACCAGCAGGAAGAGAAGGUUCUCUGUCUACCCUUCAUCAAUUUGGGAAAUCUUCCCUGGUGUUAGUCUCAAAAGAGGAGGAUUCUGGGAAAUCCCAGUGUUUCAAAAAGUGCAGCCAAGAACUUGAAGCGUGUAAAGUAGUAAAAACAGAAAAUGACUGCAGCAGUAAAAGUGAGGCCAGCAGCUGCCUGUCACUGUCUGGAUUGCUGAAGACAGAGAGAAUAAAUGCAGAGGACAAGCUCCUGAGCUGUGAAGCUGGAUUUGAUGUUCUGAGCUCAAAGCAGCUCGAAGACCUUUUGGCAGACAAGUCUAGAGGGUUUGCAACUCUGAGCUGUGACAGUAUGAUGGAGGAAAUUAUCAUAGGGCCUGAGACUUUCAGUGACAUGGUUCAUAUUGACCUGAAUGAAGAGGAGGAAUGUGCUGCUCAGGUCCUUAAGGAUGUCCUUGAUAAAUCCUCUUGUGUUCUGGGUGGCUCUCAGGAGGAUGAAGAUGCAGAAAUCAAGUUUUACACAAGUAAACUGGGCCGAGCAAUUCACCACUUUCGUUCAGCUCUGCAGGGUGUGUUGCAGAAGCUGGAGAACAGUGGGUCCAUCAGCCCUGAGGACCUGGAAAGCAAUGAGAGUGGUUCCCAGUCAGAGAACAGUGAUCGGCUUCUUGGGACAAUGAGUUUGGGGGGUGCCAAGGAGAGCCCUGGGAGUCAGGGGAGUGAGAGCUUGCUCAGUGUAGUCUCUGGUGGAGUGGGUAUCUCUACACAGGGACAUCAAAUGCUUCAAGAUCCAAGCAACUUCUCUCUUGCUUCUAAUAACUCACCUCUUGCAUAUUCGUUGCCAAGUUUUUCUCUGGCUCCGUGUCUGGGAAGUGAGACUUGUUCCAAUGCCGAAUCUCCUAAGCAGGGCAGACUAAGCCUAGAGCAAGUGUGUGCAGAGACCAUUUACCUCAACAAGUGCAUCAGCAACUUUAAAAAUGUUCUAAGAGAGAGAAGACUGAGGCAGAAAAAACUUUUGCACGAGCUAGUACAUGAGGCAAACCAUCUCUCAGUAGAAGACAUGCACUCAGAAGGAAAGCGAGGAGCCCUUCAGAUUCCAGAUGAUGGUUACCCCCCUCUGUCUCAGUGGCUCCCAGAAGG